AUGGACCGAUCGGGCAGCGACGCGGUGCUGGAGAAAGGCCUUCUUGGUCACUCCAAACCAGCAUCGGAAUUGAAAAAGAAAUGGAUGGCAUCGACAAGCAGUAUGCUACGACCAUCUUUGUCAUCGAUCGGCAAGAAAUUGCACCGUACUGCCUACCUUGACGGCCUCAGAGGCUUCGCAGCCUUCAUGGUCUACUGCCUGCAUCACCAGGUCUGGGGCCACGCAGGCAUUGGAGGAGAAUUCAUCCUCGAAAACGCCUAUGGUUACAACAACCAAUUCUACUUCGUCGCUCUACCUGGAGUUCGACUGUUCUUCUCGGGUGGCCAUUUCGCUGUGGCCAUCUUCUUCGUGAUAUCAGGCUACGUCCUGUCAGCGAAACCCCUUAGUUUGAUCCACGCAAACGACACAAAGCCGCUCGCCGACAACCUGGGCUCGGCGCUGUUCCGUCGGUGGAUGAGACUGUUCAUUCCCGUCUUCUGCACCACCUUCGUGUGGAUGGCCACCUGGCACAUUUUCGGCAUCUACUCGAGCAAUCCUAUCGCGCCGAAGCCAGAGAGGACGUUCAAGGACGAACUCUGGAUGUGGUACUGUGCCGUCAAGAACUUCAGCUUCGUUUUUCAAGGGGAGCCUUGGCUCAGCUACAAUGACCACACUUGGUCCAUCCCCAUGGAGUUUCGAGGUUCGAUCGUGGUUUACACCACCCUGCUCGCAUUUGCUCGGCUUGGCAGAAAUUGUCGACUGUGGUGUGAGGUCGGGCUGGUCUUCUACUUCAUUUAUGUCGUGGACGGUUGGUUCUGCGGCCUCUUCAUCAUGGGCAUGUUGAUCUGCGAUCUCGAACUCCUGGCUCUGAAAGACCAGCUCCCGAACAUGUUUUACACCUUGAAACCGGUCAAGACUUACAUCUUCUACAUGCUGUUCUUUGCCGCCCUAUGGCUGGGAGGUGUGCCCUCAAUCACAAACGACCUUCCGCAUCUGCGAGACUCACCGGGGUGGUACUACCUGUCCUUCCUCAAGCCGCAAGCCUUCUACGAUUUCCGGUGGUUCUACCGGUUCUGGGCGGCGACCUUCAUGGUGGCCUGCAUGCCGCAUUUGCCCUGGCUGCGGGCCAUUUUCGAAACCCCGAUCUGCCAGUAUCUUGGCAAGGUCUCGUUUGGCUUCUAUCUUGUCCACGGACCGGUUCUGUGGUCAUUGGGAGACCGAGUCUACGCCGCGACAGGGCGUGUACGUGAUGGGCACUCUAUCGUGUGCCCGCAAUGGGUCAACCGCUUCGCAUUUCCUAGCUGGGGUCCCUUCGGUAUGGAAGUGAACUAUCUCUUUGCCCAUCUGAUUCUGCUCCCGGUCACUGUGUGGCUUGCCGAUGUCGUCACCAAGUUGUUUGACGAGCCGAGUGUGAAGUUUGCCCAGUGGGCAUACAGGAAGGUUUUGGAACCGAGCGAUAAGCCGGACCAAAAGCCACGCUCGGACGUCUGGGGGAAGAAUGAAGUGUGGCAGAAGUCUUAG